AUGGCCCUCCGCGAGCUCGGCGCGCGCCUGAGCUGUGCCCUCCGCACCGAUGCGCGCCCCUGCCUGAGCGUCGCCGCCCCCCUUGGCCGCCGCAAUGCCUCUUCGUCGCCGGCCGCGGACUCCGGCGCGGACCUGGAGGAAGCCUCGUCGUUCGCCGCGCCGCCUCCGGAUGGCGAAAUCAUCAAGACCUGGGAUCCAAUAGCGCGGCAAAAGCAGCGAGAGAAGCCCCUGCCGUCCAGCAGAUACAAGUUCCGAUCCCCAAAGCAUUACCGUGGCCCUCUGCAUCCGCACCAGCCUCCUCCCCCGUCAGACCCUGCCUCCCGUUUGUUCGUCCCCGGGCCCUUCACUCUGCCGCGCCUCGAGCAAACCUACGAAAGCACAAUCAAGCCCGACCUGAUGACUCUGGCGUACCACCACCACCCCCCCGGCUACAGUGCACCACCAAAGUCGCAAAGAUUACGAGAAUGGGUCGGUGAUUCGCCCUACUUCAAGAACCGCCCUCUCAGAGGCCCCCGCGGUGGAGACACGCUCCGCCUUCUGCGACAGCCUAUCACGUUCAGGAACGUCCCGAAGCUAGAGGGUGUCACGGUCCAUACUAUGGUUCCCAAGGCGGUAGAGGACUCGGCACAUCUGCACGUUGCCGGAAUGGUGAUUCAGUCAAUAACGAACGUUCGCACCACUGCGUACAAAUCCAGGCACGCUGUGUCUCAAUGGGGCCUGCGUGAAGGCAAAUUCGUCGCUGUCAAGGCCGAACUGAAGGGCGAGGACAUGUACGAUUUCUUGGGAAAAACGAUUGACUUGGUCCUACCGAGAAUUAAGGAAUGGAAGGGAGCUAAGGGCAGUUCGGGAGACAGCAGCGGCAACAUCGCCUUUGGUUUGCCUGCUGAUGCCGUGGCCAUGUACCCGGAAAUUGAGGUCAACUUCGACAUGUAUCCGCCUAAGAUGAUCCCCGGUUGCCACAUCAUUGUGAAGACGUCAGCAACCACUGACAGAGAGGCAAGGUUGCUGCUCAACGCCAUUGGUAUUCCGUUCUAUGGCAAGCUCAGGAACUAA